CGCGCGCAAACUGAACGAGGUUCGGAAGUCUCGAGGCAACCGGUACACACAUACAGUGUAGCGUAGAGGAGAUGUAACUUUAAAGUACCUUUUAUUAUGACAGCAACAAGUGGAGGCGGUGCGCUGGCGAGGUGAGUAAUACCUACUGCGCUCAUUCUAUGUCCGGUCACUCUCCACUCAUGUUCUGUCACUCUCUACUCCAUACUGAUUCGUUUGUUGGUUUGCAUUUUACUUUACGUCGAUGGAGCAACCGUAUAGACCUGACUGGACCAUACUCUCAUUCUGAAAACAAGUCGGGAGAAAAAGACAAGAUUCCUUGCCUUCAGAGGACUGAGUGAUAGGCUGUCCUGAAACUUGUGCUACAGUAUGUCUGGAUCGAAAUGAUAUGCCCACUCCUUUCCUCAUCUGUCUAGUUGGAACCCAUCUGUUAUAUUCCUCCGGUCUGUCUUUGGUCAAACUCUACAGUCACUUCACUGGACUCUAAUGGAUGGAUAUGGGGAUGAAGAUAGAGGGUUAUUAAUCUGGUACAGGAUCAAAUUAUAUUUAUAUGAGUAGCUGCUGUGUACCAUCAAUAGUCAUUGAAACCUGCUCUGGAACCGCAGGGAUAGUCAGGUCUUUUACCGGCCGAGCUAAUGGGGCCUCCUCAGCCACGUUGGCAAGUCCUGUUCCCUUCUUCUUUCUGUGUCUCCACUUCCCCCGUGAGGACGUUGUGUCUCGUGGUGGCCCUCAUGGUUGUCAUGGCGACACCGUGCCCCAAGAGCUGUCACUGCUCUGAGAGGAAUGGCGUGGUGGUGCAAUGCGUCUCCCGGAGCCUUGACCAGAUCCCUCCGGACCUACCGGAAGACACCGUCACCCUCCUGCUCUCGUCCAACCGGAUCAGCCACAUCCCCAACCAGGCCUUCAAGGACCUCCGCCGCCUCAAGGAGCUGGACCUGUCGCAUAACCACAUCGAGAGUAUCGACGCAGGGGCCUUCCUGGGGGUCUCCGAGGGACUCCGCUCCCUGGACCUCUCCAACAACCAGCUCCGCAGUGUCCCCAAGGAGGCCUUCACCAAGCUGAGUGCCCGUAUAAGACUCUCCAACAACCCCUGGCACUGCGAGUGUUCCCUCCAGGAGGUACUGAGGGAGCUGAGGCUGGACCCUGAGACGGUCAACGAGGUGAGCUGCCACACCUCUGUCCAGGACGAGUACGCCGGCCGGCCCGUCAUUCAGGUCCUGGACUCUGGCAUCAACUUCUGUAACUUCCACCACAAGACCACAGACGUGGCCAUGUUCGUGACCAUGUUCUGCUGGUUCGCCAUGGUGAUCGCCUACGUCAUCUACUAUGUCAGGCACAACCAGGAGGACGCGAGGAGACACAUGGAGUACCUCAAGUCUCUACCCAGAUCCUCCCAGAUCAGCAAGGACUUUGACACAGCCAGCACUGUGCUCUAGCAGUGCUCUAUGUGUGGUGGCAGUGACAGCGGUGGGGGUUCUUACAUGUCCAUGGGAUAGUAAACACAGUGGCAAACUUGCAAGGUGUAUGUAACUAUUUUGAAUGUGAAGACGGGCCUCUGGAAAAGCCACUGGACUGCACCUGCCCGUCUGCACGUGCCUGACCGGCUCGAAGUGGGCCUCGGGUUCGUCAGUGCAAUCAACGUGCCCCUUUUUGUGUCGACUGUUUAUGAAGUCAUGGGGUCAAUACCUUUUGAGAUUUCUGACUCAAUUCCGACCUACUUUUUUGUCGAUUGUUGUCAUUUUUAUUUUACAGUAUUUAUUUUUUAUUGGGAAGAAACAUGACCUCUACUUCUCAUCGUUAUAUGUUUUCCCAACAGUAGGAUUUAAUGAGAAAUAUAUUGUAUAAGUCUCUGAGAGUGUCUCCAUAUUGAUUUGGUUGUUGUAUGAUUGGUUGUAGUGCUAUACAGUACUAUUGAUCUAGUCAUUGUGAUUGGCUGUUACACUGGACUGAAUGUUCAUCUUGUGUCUUCAAGUGCCUAGAAACAGUCAACAGUAACUCAACCAAGGCACUGUGAAAGCAAAUGUCGAACUACAAAAUCCCUUAAAAUCUAGAAUCCUUACCCACUGGGCACAUAUGUUAUUUCAAUGUCUAGUUUUGAUCUAAUUUUGGUUGAGUUGUCAGCUAAUG